AUGCAACAGAGCGCGUCUAAAACCCCCGACCUGGCACGCUGUGGGAUCCGGCGCACUGUCCUCCCUCCAACCGCCUCCACGCUGAAAACUGUUUCCCCUUCCCAUGACGUAACCCCAGCCCACGCCUCCUCCCCAAAUUCCUGCGGCGUCGAUCGCUCCUGCGUGUCGGUCUCAACCAGAGACGGAAUCGAGCCGAGAGCCUGUGCACGCCUCUCCGCCUCCGCCGCUCGGCAUACCCUCAUGUGGUUCGCAGCGCCCCCCCGCGUAGCGAAAGUGUGGAAACACGUGUCGCACGGAAAGCGGGGGCAUGGGGAAGGCGGCAUGGGAGGUGCUUCGUCCGCCUCUGACUCCUCCACAGUCGCCAUGGGGUCACCCCCGGCUGCCCCCCUACCUGCUGCUCCCCCUGGAGUGCUCCGAGCACCCUCGGCUGCCCUCCUGCCUGCUGCACUCCCUGCCCUCCUCCUUGCUGCACUCCCUGGGGUUCCCCAGGCACCAUCGACUGCCCUCCUGCCUGCUGCACUCCCUGGGGUGCUCCAGUCACCCCCGGCUGCUCCCCUACCUGCUGCUCGCCGUGGGGUGCUCGGGUCACCCCCGGCUGCCCCCCUAGCUGCUGCUCUCCCUGGGGUGCUCCGGUCGCCCCCGGCUGCCCCCCAGCCUGCUGCUCUCCCUGUGGUGCUCCAGGCAUCCUCAGCUGCCCUCCUACCUGCUGCACUCCCUGGGGUGCCCCGGGCACCCUCGGCUGCCCUCCUGCCUGCUGCACUCCCUGGGGUGCCCGGGGCACCCUCGGCUGCCCUCCUGCCUGCAGCACUCCCUGGGGUGCCCCGGGCACCCUCGGCUGCCCUCCUGCCUGCUGCACUCCCUGGGAUGCCCCGGGCACCCCCGGCUGCCCUCCUGCCUGCUGCACUCCCUGGGGUGCUCCGGGCACCCCCGGCUGACCCCCUGCCUGCUGCACUCCCUGGGGUGCCCCGGGCACCCCCGGUUGCCCCCCUGCCUGCUGCACUCACUGGGGUGCCCCGGGCACCCCCGGCUGCCCUCCUGCCUGCUGCACUCCCUGGGGUGCCCCGGGCACCCCCGGUUGCCCACCUGCCUGCUGCACUCCCCGGGGCGCCCUGGGCACCCUCGGCUGCCCUCCUGCCUGCUGCACUCCCUGGGGUGCUCCGGGCACCCCCUGCUGCCCUCCUGCCUGCUGCACUCCCUGGGGUGCCCUGGGCACCCCCGGCUCCCCACCUGCCUGCUGCACUCCCUGGGGCGCCCCGGGCACCCCCGGCUGACCCCCUGCCUGCUGCACUCGCUGGGGCGUGA